UCGUAUAUAUCAAGUAAACAGAGAGAAAAGAAGAAAAAAAUCUCCUCUUUUUCCUCCUUGAUCGGAGGGUCGCCGUCUUCAUCAGAAGGAUAUGGACGGUGUUGGAGAGAUGACGGCGACGGAGGCGAGAGGGUUGAAGAAAGGGCCGUGGACGGCGACGGAGGAUGCGAUCUUGACGGAGUACGUGAAGAAACACGGCGAAGGUAAUUGGAACGCGGUGCAGAAAAACUCAGGCUUGCUCCGGUGUGGAAAAAGCUGCCGUCUACGGUGGGCCAAUCAUCUCCGGCCAAAUCUGAAGAAAGGAUCUUUUAGUCCUGAUGAAGAAAAGAUCAUCAUCGAGCUUCACGCUAAGCUGGGAAACAAAUGGGCUCGUAUGGCUUCUCAGUUACCUGGACGAACAGACAACGAGAUCAAGAACUAUUGGAACACGAGGAUGAAGAGAAGACAACGAGCGGGUUUGCCUUUAUACCCUCAAGAGAUUCAGCAUCAUCAACGAAAUGAUCAUGAUGAUGAUGAUGAUGAGUUUGAGUUUGAGUUUAAUUCCUUUCAAUUCCAAAACCAAGACCAUCAUAAUAAUCACCUUCAAUACACUAAUUCUUCCAAUACUUCAUCAUCCUCUUCUUCAUUCUCUUCUUCGUCUUCUCAACCUCCAAAAAGGCUGUGUUUAGAUCCCUUAAUCUCUACUAAUCCAGUCCUAAACCAGAUCCCGGACUCUCCAAUGAAUUUUCAAAUGUUCUCUCUUAAUUACAACAAUAGCCUUGAUCAUCAGAACGAAAAUAACCAGUUUGGUUUCUCUCUUCCUUUGUCAUCAUCCUCAUCGUCUAAUGAGUUGUGCAACCCCAACCAACUUCUUGAGCUCAUCUCCGAGAGUUUUGACACAAACAAUACCAACAAGAUCAAUGACAUUGAUGCUAUGAGUUAUAGUUCAUUGCUUAUGGGGGAUCAUCAUGAUCAGAUCAUGAGACCGAGUUCUUUCCCUUUAGGACUAGACAAUCCCGUCCUAGAGCUUCCUUCAUACCAAACACCGACCCAUUCGCUCACUUCUAAUACCAUUCUUGAAAAUGGUGUCAAUCUUGAUCCACCUGCUAGCAGCAACAGUGGAUUGCUUGACGCCCUCUUGGAGGAGUCUCAAGCCUUGUCUCGAGCAGGAAUCUUCAAGGACGUUAGGGUUUCUCCAAAUGAUCUACGUGAAGAUCAAGACAAGACAGUGAAGAUGAAGUUUGAGAAUCGGUUAAUGGAUCAUCUAAACUCUUCUCAUCAAUCAUCAUUCGAAACAAACCCUAAUCAUUACAAACAGUACAAUGAGCCAACGAUGGUGAAGGCAACGGUGGAUGAUGAUGACGACAUAUUGAUGAGCCUUCUCAACAACUUCCCUUCGACAACACCAUUACCUGAUUGGUACCGGACGACAGAAAUUCAAACGGAAGCCUCACCGACCGGAAUCUUUGUCGGAAACCAUCAAGUUAACAACAACAAGAUGGAACCAUACAAGGCCCAACCUUCGUCCGGUGUGGAUCCUAUGGCCUCGUUGGGGUCAUGCUAUUGGGGCAACAUGCCUAGAAUUCGCUAAUUUGGAACCACCCCUCAUGAGCAAAAUCAUUUCUUUGGUCUUUGGAGAAACAAAAGAGAGAGAGCUAAUUGUGAGCUUGAUUUGGCUCUGUUUGUGUAAAAUCUUGUUUUAAGUUGUUCAGUUUAAGAUGUGCUAUGAACUUUAUGUUAGUACAUGUUUUCAAGGGGCCAAAAAUCAAAAGAGAAA